GAAUUAUUCAUAAAUUCAAUACAGUACAACCCCGCUGUAAUAUCUAAGUAUCAUCUUCAUCAUUUUUCGUCCCCGGAUAAUGGUGGUCAAGUUUAGUUUCAUGGCGGUUGCCACUGCCGCCGUCGGAGCCAGCGGCAGGAGCGCCCAGCAGAGCGCAGUGGCGAACAGGCAAAAAUUGGUCGCGAGCAAGAAGACGACCAAGAGUGCCACCGGCACACAGAACUACAAGAAGAAUGCCCGAGCGACGACGCGGGUAGGACUGCCCCCCCACGGGUUUCCUUUAUCCGACAAGCCCCUGGAUCCGUAUGAGUUGUACAGUGCGCAGCUUCGCCGCAGUGUCGGGGAAAAGGUUGCCUGCUACACCGUUGCCGACCGCGCAGCGCAGCAGGCACAGUCGCGGAUCAACACGAUUGUAGUGUAUUUUGAUGACCUGCUCUACGGCACCACGGAGCCUAUGCACGCCAGCCACCUGUACCCACUGUCCCAGGACGGGGCGCACAAAAUGCGGUUUUUUCGCUUCGAAAAGUUGCCCGCCAACGUUUUUGCCGAUCUGGUCCACGACAUGCGCGACAGCCAAACCGUGGAUCUGCACGUUUCGCAGACAAAUGUCGCCUGCUUGAACUCGCAAACCGGCACCUGGGAACCGAUCGACGAAGCCAGCGAGUACCACGUGAUGCUGCCGAAAAUGUACGUUCCGGUGGACAUGUACACUCCGUCUUCCUCGAUCGACCACAAAAUGCCGACCCUCGACGUCGUCUUCGUCUUCAAGGGGGACCCGAAAGCUUGCUCGGCGGGAGGUACUAUCAGUUUUGAGAUGUAGAAGUAAUCUAUGCAAGUGCAAGACGGACACAGAAGUUUCGGCUUCAAGUUGUAGAAGCUAAUUCACUUCUCGCCGCGCUUUUUUUUCAGGUGCUCAAGCUGAAAAAUGAAAUUAUGGUACAGAAUUCAUUGCCACCUUUACUAUAAUCUUUUCCAAAAAAAACAGCCAACGACGAGUCUGGGAUGGAGGAGCACAUCGGGCGGCUGGUGAAGAUGAAAGAGUCCCAAGGCCAGCAGACUCCCGGCGCGGGCCGCACUUGCCUGCACGAAGUAGGGCAUCCGCUCCGUGACGCCGUUGUGAUGCCGCAGAGCCUCGGUCCGCUGUGGCCAUCUAUGCGAAUGCUGGCGACGCAGCCAUCCUUGUUGCCGCCCCCGGAAGAGCCAUUCAAGGACAAACUGUACAGACAUUUUUUUGGAUCUUGGUUCUCGGUGUAUGAGAGACAUACUGAGGAUGGUUCUUUUGCUUUUAUUCUAGCUGUUGCUUUGGUAGUUGCCGAUGCCGGUCCAUCGUCGCGCACUAACGAUAUUGACAUUUAAUGUAAAAAACACAGGAUGCAACUGCCGACCUUGGGGGAAAACUGCCAGAAGACGGACCACUACGACAGGAAUGCGGUGACGGAGGAACAGAGACUGCAGCAGUGGGAAACGUUGUCAAACCCGGCGCUGCUCAAGCAGUGGCGUAGUGACGGGGAGAUGGCGUACGAUGUUGGCGCAGCGUACGCGGUCAUGGCGACGCAGUCCACGGGCGUUGGCAUUGGGCACUUGAACUGCCGGAAGUUGGAUCUUGCCUGGGGCGAAGGCAACAAAAACGGCGGCGUGGCGCAGUCCUACAAAGUCGGCGGCAACGACGUUUUCGUGGACUCGAGCGCGCCUUUCGUGCUGACCCCCGCGAACAGCGCGAGCCAUUUGAUCUCCGUAUUGGAAAGUGAAGCGGCUGCAGAGGAGGAGAAGCGCACCCCGCACGGAGGAUCCGCCAACACGCCUCGCCCGGGUGCGGGUGCAAAUCCGCCCACUCCCGGUGCGGGUGCUGGCCGCCAAGGGGACGGCAUCGCGGCGGCAGGCGGGGCAGCUGCAACCGGGGAGAAAGUGAUUUCCCGGCAUCAAGGGGAACAAGAAUCAGAAGCGAAGGGCGGCUUUAAACAGGCGGCCGGCGACGUUGCGACGGAUCUGGUCCGGUUGGGAGGCGGGUAUCUGGCGGCGCAAGCGGGAAACCGCAUUCGGGAGAGCGUCCACGAGUCGGAAAUGAGAAUGAUCGAGCACGAAAAGCAUCUGCGCGGGCGGGACAAUUAUGGUGGCGGUGGCGGAGGGUGCUGCGGUGCGCAGGGCGGGGUCGAUCAUACCACCAAAAACGACCCCUGUACGUGCGGAAACAACAACAGUGCCGCCGGAUGCUGCAGCGGGUUCUGCUGUUUCUGCUGGUUUGUGUGGAUCGUCGUGAUGGGCCUGUGCGUUGGGCUGAUUUUCGGCGUGAUGGGCGCACUCGGAGCGCCGAAGCCGAGCCGGACAGGCGCAGGCCGGGGGCAGGACAGCUACGGUACGGCGCGCGGAAGAGGCUUCACGGGGCCGGGAGGACCACCUCCGACCAUGAUGAUGUACGAUGACGAAGUGGCUAUUUACCAGGUGGGACCGCCCGGGGUUCAGUUCGAUGGGGACGACAACAUGCAGCAGCCGCAGAGCACGUACCUGGCGCCGCGGCAGGAAACGACCGGGCGCGGACCGGGUGGGGUCUUUCCGUAG